CGCCGGUUUGCGCAACAUUUAAUUUAAAUAAAUAACGUGUUAGAAGUGUUCAAUGUGUUGAACUUUUGUGUUUUUAUUAAUUAAAACUCGAUCGCGUAUCAAACGGUACAUAAAGUAACUCCGUAUUUGCGUGUGUGAGAUUUCAUUCAAUAUUCUUAACCAUUCCGCCUACACGACGUCAUAUAGUAUGUACAUACAUACAUACAUGUAGCUGCAUUGGCGUAACUAGUCCAAUGAUCGAUCGGCUGGAAAUCACUGCAAACGAUAUCGGCAAAAUUAACCCUUCGGAUACUUUGGGUCUCGCGCGGGCUCUUCAGUCACUUGAAAUUAUCGGAGAGUACGACCACAUUCCUGGGACGGUUGGUAAUGCGGCGGAACCACGUGCUGCCCCGUGUCUCGUGAUGCUCGAUUUGGCCAUCAAACGGGAACAGGACGAGGAAGAUGGGACGUUUCUCGGCUCCAUACCACCUGGUGAACUGGUGAACUGGAGGAGGUUACAAACAUCCCUGGCUGAGGAUCCUCCUCUGAUGGAAUUUACGGUUAAAGGUGCUUUUUAUUCAACGGUGCGAGGGUCUUCCAGCUGCUGGGCCUCGCUAUUGGAUAACAACCUGAAUUUUGAAGGAUUAUCGAUAGAUAGCGUCAGAGAUGACAGACUCGGUUGAUCAAACAAGAAAAGAAACAAAAUUCUUUUAUCGACAUGCUUUGAUUAAAAGAAUUUCUCUAAAACGUUGCUAAUUACCUACUCUGAUGAAACUAAGAAACGAUACUUUGUAAAAAUAUGCAUUAUCGCGGUUAAAAGUAUGGGACUAUUUUAUUCAAAUUAUAUUCUAUGACAUACAUAAGACUUGCAGCAUAAUUUGAAUAGAUAAUAUUAGAUUUCCAACUAAAUUCGUAACCUUUUUGAACAUGUACAAAUAAUUUGCAAAACGG